GCCAAUUGGCAAGGUACGUUCUGUGACCUUUCCAACACAACAAUGGAGAAAAGAAAAUGCAAAUAAAGGCAAAGAGGAAGAAGGUUGAGGACGGUACUGAGGCUCAGAACCCCAAUCUCUCAUUUCUCACCCGACCAGCUGAACCAACUGGUUUCUCGUGGAUUUCUUGGCUGUCACAGGAGGCAUAGAAGUUAUCUAUAAAGUUAUAUUAGUUGUAGUUAUUUACACUGAAUAGCUAGACAUGUCAAUAUGCUGAAGCGAUCCACUUAGAGAAAGGAAAGUGCAAGUUGGGAUUUUCACCUAGUCUUUCUUGACAAGAAGUCGUGAUGGAGAAUCAUGGAAGUCCUCUUUCUUUGUCUUGAGGUCGUGGUUGUUAUCCAACUUUAAGGGUGCAGUUGGAUUGUCAACACUGCACAUUUCGUCUCCCCUGACUAAGUUCUGCGGGGAGAUAAUCCUGGGUUUGAAAUUCCAUGACACCUUAGAUUGGGCAAGAAUUUUGUUUUCUACCCAACUGGGAUAUAUUACUCAUUGAUUUCUUGCAUGGCUAAGCCAUUUCACAUAGGGACGGAUCAGUAUGAUCUGCAUGCACAGAGAAGGGAUACGAAACACAAAGGAAGGAAUGUUGUGUGGUCAAUUGCAAUGGACAAGUGUCUAAUUGAAUCUCUUGCCAUUCAAGCAAAAAAUGGAAACAAAAUCGAUAAAUGCUUUAAUGAAAAUGCUUAUACUGCUGCGUGUAUUGCUGUGAACUCUCGUUUUAACUUAAACUUGAAUAACCAAAAAGUUGUUAAUCGUCUCAAGACUAUAAAGAAGAGGUAUAAGAUAAUGAAGGAUAUGCUGAGUCAAGAUGGGUUUAGGUGGAACCCAAAUACAAAGAUGAUCGAGUGUGAGCACGAAGAGCUUUGGAAGAGAUACAUCACAGCACAUCCUGAUGCCAGACAAUUUCGAGGAAAGCAGAUAGAAAUGUACGAUGAACUGAAAAUUGUCUGUGGAAAUUAUCAAGCCCCUAGUCGCUGGGCUAAGUUGAAAGAUGGGAGCUUUCAACCCGAGAUCAAGAAUUUUGAGGAUGACUCCGCCUCAUUUGUUUCUGCGAGUUCUGAAGAUGUAAGUGAGACGGAUGGAACAGAGUCAUAUACUGGACCGCCUGAGUAUGGCCAGAUGCCAGAUGGUAGUCAAGACCCUCCUUUGAUCCACCCUCUAAGGCAGCUUCCAAAACGGCCUCGAAGUUCAGAGGCUCUUCAAGAUGCAAUGUUGGCAGUGGCAUCAAGCAUUCGACGCUUGGCUGAUGCAAUGGAAAGAAGUAAUUGUUCAAUUGACUCAUCUGAGUUAUUGCAGGCGGUGAUGGAGAUUGAUGGGUUGGAAGAGGCUAAGCAGAUGUAUGCAUUCGAGUACUUGAAUGCGGAUCCUGUUAAAGCGAGAGCUUUCUUGACUUACAACAAUACCCGAAUGAGGAAGAUAUAUUUGUUUCGACAGUUCUGGUGGUGGAAGUGAACUGUCUCAGACCGUAUUUUGGGAUUCUUUUGGUAUAUAGAUUUUGAUGUUAUGAACACGUAAUUUUGUGGGGGUGUUCUUUCUUACGCAUUAUUCAAAUCAUCUUUGGUAUCAUAUUCUAGAGGUGUAUGUACAGGUAUCAUGGUGGAUGAAUAUAAAUGCUGUCAUCGACAACUGUAGAGACAUUAUUUACCAGCUCAAUAGCAGCAGCAGCAGCAUCUUCUGAAUUUAAGCUUGUAUUAGGUGCCUGAGAAGCUUUCUUGCUUUUACCAUUAAUAAGACUUUGUUCACUUAUUGUUUUUGGCUGAACUUUGAUAUACCUUGUGUAAUUUUUCAUGUUGCCCUUGACUUAAAUUUUAAACUUUUAUUUUUUGUU